UAUUUUGUUUCAUUUCAAAACACAUUAUGAAUCUCUCUGGCAAAGUUGCAUUGAUUACGGGAGGAGCAAACGGAAUAGGUUUGGAAAUUGUUAAGCGAUUGAUCCAAGCUAACAUUCAGGGAAUUACCGUUCUCGAUUUGGAUGAUGUAUCUGGGAAGAACAUAGAGAAUGAGUUCGGGUUGAACAAAAUACAGUUCUUGACUGUCGACGUUAGGAAUGAAUCGGAAUUUAGAGGGGCUUUCGAGAAGACCAUAUCGAAAUUCGGUCAUUUGGAUAUUGUGAUCAAUAACGCUGGCAUUUGCAAUGACCAAAAAGUGGAUGAAACGAUUGAUGUGAAUGCUAAAGCAUGCAUGAAAGGCAUGUUGCUGGGCUUCGAGUUCAUGGGCAAGAAUAAGUCUGGAACGGGCGGUAUCAUCAUAAACACUAGUUCAAUUGUCGGUAUUCAUCCCACGUUCGCCUUACCCUUGUAUUCCGCGACCAAAAACUUCAUCGUAUGUUUGACUCGUUGCUACGGACAACCUUUCUACUACGAUUUGACUGGCGUCAAAGUAAUGACGGUGGCACCGGGAGCCACGGAGACUAGGAUCUUUCAGGAAUUCGGCUAUUCGAAAGAUUUCGAAGGACUCCCCGAAUUUUCACUUUCAACCAGUCCGAACAUCACAGUACAAACUACCGAAAUCGUUGGAGAUGUUUUCAUGAACAUUUUGAAAGAAGGUAAUAACGGAAGCGUUUGGAUCAUCAAUAACAGCAAACCGGCUUACGAAGAGAAAAAUUUACCAGUUUUUAUUGAGAAUCUACCAAUGUAAUCAACAAUAAAACAUUUGUUGUGAAUUUUUUUUUAAGUCAUGUAAUUUUAUUCACAAUCUGUUCAUCAAUGUGAACAAUGAGAAAAUUUAAGAUCGCGGUUGACAUUAAAUGGAUAAGUAGGGAGUUAACCAUUCGGAUAUUAGUCUGUUGUGACAUUUAAAUGUUUUUUUUUGUUAUAAAACGGUGGAUGUACAUUUAGAAGGAAUUUCUUUCUAUGUUAUUUGAAUAGCCUUCAUCAUAUCCCAGGUCAAGAUUUUUGUUAAAAGCUUCUUUAUAAUCAAAUUAAAAUACAAAAGAAAAUAUAAAUAAAAUAGUAGAACAUU